GUUAUAAUAACCGGCUGCACACACAGAGGACAUCUUCACACUUGUAAGUCUCGCUACAUUCAGGAGAGAUGUGUUUGACACUUUCCAGCUGUUUUCCCUCCAGCACACCAGCUUCCUCACACUUCUGGUCCCGUUUCACCUCCCGGUUAAGGAUGCGGACCAUGUCAGAAUCUGCGGAGACAGUCGGUCUCAGAGUGAACGUUUCCUCGGAUCAGAGUGGGAGACCUGCAGGAGGGAGACGGUUCAAACUCCCGAAGUUAUGGGGAGGCCAGAAAGCUCAGAAUCAGCCUGUUGUGAAAACCAUCUCCAUUACUGAUGGACACAAUUCACCAAAGGAAGAGGAGCUCAAGACCGUGGUCCUCACACUUGAAGAAAUCCUCCAAGCAGAAGAUGUACAACACUUGUGUGAGGCCAGCCAGCAGCUGAUCCAGAGAGAGGAGCGUCUUUAUGGGGAACAAAAGGAGACUUAUUCUCUCACACAUCACUCUGAAGAAGAAAACAAGCUGGAUGGAUACUACAAAAACCUGAAAGGCCUUGUCCAGAAGACUCUGAGGCUCUCUCUCAGCCCUGGAGAACUCAGUGUGGAGGCUCUCGCGUCUGCGGUGAAGGCCAUAAACCAGGAAGUGGACCAGGACGAGCAGUGGAAAACAAGGGAUAAGUCAUCACCUCCCUGGAGGCAGGACGACUGGAAGAAGCUCCAUGACUCAACGCUUUGCAGUCUGGUGGAGGGUCUUAUGGACAACCCCUCAACGCCCCCUCCUGAUAAUGCAGAGACGUCAACUUUCCAGGCGGAUGUCAACAGCAUGGGCAGGCAGCUGAAGGAUGACCUGCUGUGGGUGGUGGGAGUGGUGAAGAUAUGCUACACACCUGAGCAGGACAUCUGUAACUUUUACGCCGGGUUGUACCACCAGACCUUCAGCUCCAGGCUCAGAAAGAUCGCAGACUUUGGACUUGGGGACAAAGACUGCACUUUCCUUCUGCGCUGGGUGAACGAGUAUUACCCACAGAUCCUUCAGAAGCCAGAGCUGGCCUGUGAGAUCAAUGCUGAAGUGAUGGGAAAGCUGCUGUCUGAAGAGUUACUGAAACCUCUAGAGGAGCAAUACUUAAGCAAACAACAGGAAGAGCUGAAGACUUACAUCAGCCGCGUCCUGAAGGAAGCAGAGCAGAAGUGGAGACAAGGAGAGGAGCCAACACGAGAGGACGGAUGCUUCGUCAGUCACGUGGCCUACGACAUCAUUCAGCUUUUGAAUGGUAUGGUGUCUUCAGCUGGUACGAUCGUGGGAGAUCCGCACAAAGCUCAGAGUAUAACCUGCCCACUGAAAGAUCUGAUGCAGAGUUUCCAGACUUUUCACAACAACAUCAUAAAGCAGAACAAACCAAGCAGCAGGCCGUUCAUCAAGGCAAACCUUGGCUGCAUCAAACAGUUCAUGGAGGUCCUCAAUAAGAAGGGCCAUCUGUUCCAGGAGGACGUACGGAGAAUCUGUCUUCAGGUUCUGACUGACAUGAGAGAAACAGCACAUCUAUAUUUAUUGAAACCUGUGCACGAAGGCCUCAGGCCUUAUUACAGUCAGCUGGGAACCAGUGACUGGCUGAAUGAACCCGUUGUGUUUAGGAAUCUGCUGGACGGCGUGGAGAAGGAGCUGGAAGAUCUUCAGGGUGCUGUUCAGUCCUGUCACCAGGAGCUGAUUGGUCAGCUGCACCAGGAAGUGACGGUGGAAUACCUGAGGAGGCUCCUGAAAGGAAAAGUCAAACUGAAGGACAAGCAGCAGCAACAUAAAGCCUACCAGAGGAUCAAAUCCAACACAGAGAGUUUGCAAGAUUUCUUUGGAAAAAUGGGAUCAAAUGAGGACUGGUUGAAUGAAAUACUGACCAAGGUUGCCGAAGUCUUGAAACUCCAAGAACUCCCGGCCAUACAGAUGGAAGUAGUUUCUCUUGGAACAGCUUUCCCCGACCUCAGUGAGAGACAUGUUUCAGCCCUCCUCAAGCUGAAGACCAACAUCUCCAAAGCCAACAGAAGAAUGGUGAAAGAAACUCUGUCAGAUAAUCUGAAAGAACUCGACGCUGUUGCAAGUCGGCCAUUUUUCUCCAAAAUUCAGGUGAAAUAAGAGCCGUUCACUCCAGUAUUACAUCCAGUUCUCUUCUUUUUAGCUAAAGUCGCCUGAAAUUGUACAGUAUUAUGUAUUAAUGUGUGUUUUGUGCUGCAUUUGUGAGAGUAUGGACACGGUGUUUCCUGAGUUACUGUAUUCAUGUAUAAGCUAUCGAACACAAUGAUGUGCUGUUUACUGCUGAAAGACCAGGUCUUGGUUUGAGAGUUCAUGCUUGUGUUUUUUGUUGUUUUGUGAGACCAGAUCAGUGCUAGUCUGUGUUAGUGUCCUUUACUAUCAAAUCAGUGUUAUAGUUUUUUAUUUUUAUACGAUCAUGUGCAAUAAAAAGAGAUCUCCAGUUGUACUUUUAGAGUUUUAUUUUCAUGCCAUGUGGUGUACAGAAUGUUGUGAAAGAAAAUGUGAAAUGAAACUUUUUAAAUAAAUGUUGUGAACCUUUA